AAUUAUUGUUAAAUAUAGCAGAGUGUGAAAUAAAUUCAUUUCUCGGUGCCACGAUAUCAGAUCUAAAAUUUGAAUGUGCAUAUUUUUGCAAAUUUGAUAGAUUUUGCAGGAAAGUGCAUAUUUUAAAAUUGUUAUGCUUAUUUUGCAUAUUUUGGCAAAUUUUUUUUAAAUUAUAGAUAGUUAACACGUUGACUGCUGCAUGAGUUGAACCGAAAUAUGAUAGAUCAAAAAAAAAAUAUAUUAAUACUUCCAAUAAUAUGCUAUCUGGAAACUACCAUUCAUAUCUCGUUGUAACUUUUGUGUAGAUAAUUAUUAAUCCUAUAAAACCGUAUCGACCGUAUCGCCCGCUCGAUAGACUGAUAGCCGAUAAUAGUUAUUAUUUCAGUUUAGUCGAUUAUUAUCCGUCGUUGUUUUCGCCUCUCGUGUGCUUUUCACUGUAGUGUAGAUUUUUAUACGCAAUAAGUUCGUAAAUAAAUGUAAAUAAACCUAAAGUAACUGUUAAAAUGCCGAAAGUACAAAAAUCAAAGUUACAAAGUUAUGUUUUAGAAUUUAAAGAUACAUUUUCGUCUGACGGUAGUGUUUUGUUUUGUAAAUUUUGCGAAAUAAAAGUUGGGAGUGACAAACGUUUCAAUGUUAUCCAGUAUCUAAGGACUGACAAGCAUAAUAGAGCAGUUAAACGGGAAGAAAAUAAAAUAAAUAAGGUAAACCAGCAGUUUGUUUUAAAAACCAACCUAGGCAAAAAGAAUAAUUUCAACAAAGAUUUGUGCAAGGCUUUGCUUUCGUCAAAUAUUCCCCUAAAUAAAUUAUCAAACAACGAAUUUAAAUGGUUUUUAGAAAAAUACACGAAUGAAGAUAUACCUAGUGAAACAACACUUCGUAAAGGUUACGUUGACGAUAUUUACCAAGAGACUAUUUUAAAAAUUAGGGCGAUUGUAAACGGAAAACGAAUCUGGGUUUCAAUUGAUGAAACUACGGACGUCACUGGGCGUUUUGUAGCAAAUGUUAUUAUCGGAACAUUAGAAAUUGAUAACGCCGGUCAAAUAUUUUUAUUGCAUUCCGAGGAACUUGACAAAACCAACCAUUCAACAAUAUUCAAAUUAUUUGAUAAAGCUAUGGGGAUAUUGUGGCCUGAAGGAGUCGAACAUGACAAUGUUUUAUUGUUUGUAAGCGAUGCAGCCCCUUAUAUGAUUAAGGCGGGUAAAGCUAUACAAACACUUUAUUCAAAAGUUAUUCAUAUUACUUGCCUUGCACAUGCAUUUCACAGGCUCGCUGAAAAAGUUCGUGACGAAUUUUCGGAAGUAGAUAAGGUAGUAUCUUCAGUGAAAAAAGUAUUUCGAAAAUCUCCCUUACGUAUAAAAACAUUUUUAAAUAUGACAAAAAACGAGAUUCCUUUACCACCUGAACCUAUACUAACAAGAUGGGGAACUUGGAUAAAUGCUACCAUAUACUAUUGCGAACAUUUAGAGAACAUUCAAACAGUUAUAAAAACAUUUGACAGCGAUGAUGCCGUUUCAAUUAAGACAGUCAAAAAGUAUUUGGAAAAGAAUAACCUACAGUGUAACUUGGCAUUUAUUAAAUCGAAUUUCGGAUUUUUACCCAAAUCUAUAACAUUUUUGGAAAAGAAAGGCAUACAAUUAUCCUAUUCUUUAAAAACGGUUGAAGAUGCGAAAAAUAAAAUUGUUGACUUAAAAUGUACAAAAGGAAAGCAGUCGUAAAGAAGUUAAAUGACGUUUUAGAAAAAUAUCCUGGUUACAAAGCUUUAUUAAAAAUUUCAAAAAUCUUAGGCGGCGAAGUUGAAAAUAUGGAAGGAUUGCCUGAAGACUUGACAAGUAAUGAUCUGGUUUAUUUUAUGUAUGCUCCAAUGUCGUCUGUAGAUGUAGAAAGAAGUUUUUCUGUGUAUAAGAAUUUACUGUCAAGUAAUCGUCGUAGAUUCACGUUUGAAAACAUCAGAAAAUAUCUAAUUGUGCAGUGUAAUUUUAAAGGACCAGAAGACACGGAAGACACGGACAAUUUAUAAUACAAUUAUAUAAUUUUAAAUUCAAAUAAUAACAUUCUGAUAUAUAAUAUAAAUUCUAAUAAAAUAAAUAUUUAAUUUUACCACAUAUUUGUUAUACCUAAUUUUUUUGGGGGCCAUAUCUUAGUACAUAUACGGUUAUUUUUAGGUGCAUAUUUUAGGACAUAUUUGGCCAUUUUUUGGUGCAUAUUUGCAUGCAUAUUCGGGUAUUUUUUAGAGCUACAAGUCCCUAAGCCUAAUUAUUACAUUUACUUUGUUAAAAAUGAAGGUAAACUUUUUCUAGUUAUUCGUGUAUUUCUAUAGAGUUUAUAAGUAUAUAAUAUAAUGCAAAUUGAUAAUGAUGGAUAAGGAACUAAAGAAUAAGAGGCAAGUAUAUAUUUCCAUGUUAAGAUUUAACAUAUGACAAUAACAAGAUGACAUUAACAAGAUUUUUGUACACCAAAACAAACAUUGCAAAAAUGCAAAAUAUUAUCAAAAAAAUUAUACCUACUAAUUAUAAAAAUAAUUAUUUGUUAAGUUAAAGUUUGUGUGGAUUCCCCCUAAUAAUAUUGUUCACACCGGGUUACACGAAACAUAGUUGUGGCACUGGAUAGAUUAUCAUACU